AUGUGACCAGAGAGGAAGCGCCGAGUUCCUGUCGUGUGAACGGGAUCCCACAAAGUUGUCAUCAAAUCUCAUUUUUAAACGCUUUGUGCAAAGUUAGCGUUUUAUUAUUGAUAACAGACAUGGCGCUCACCGAUGCUGACGUGCAGAAACAGAUAAAACACAUGAUGGCCUUCAUCGAGCAAGAGGCGAGUGAGAAGGUUGAGGAAAUAGACGCCAAAGCAGAGGAAGAGUUCAACAUUGAGAAAGGUCGCCUGGUGCAGACUCAGAGAGUGAAAAUAAUGGAAUACUUUGAAAAAAAGGAAAAGCAGAUUGAACAGCACAAGAAAAUCCAGAUGUCCCACCUGAUGAACCAAGCAAGGCUGAAGGUGCUGAAGGCCCGUGAUGACAUGAUCACGGAUUUGCUGAUGGAAGCCCGCCAAAGACUGGCAGAGAUUGCCCAGGACCCUGCCAAGUACUCCAGACUGUUGGAGGGACUGGUACUGCAGGGAUUCUACCAGCUGCUAGAAGACAAAGUUACCAUUCGCUGUCGACAGCAGGAUGUGGAGAUGGUUCAGGCUGCGGUGAAUAAGAGCAUCCCCAUCUACAAGGAGGCUGUUAAAAAACACAUCGUCGUCAAAGUGGACAUGGAACAUUUUCUACCAUCAAGCCUCUGUGGAGGGGUGGACGUGUACAAUGACAAUGGCAAGAUAAAAGUGUCCAACACUUUGGAGAACAGACUAGAGCUUCUAGCGCAUCAGAUGAUGCCUGAAGUCAGAGUGUCCUUGUUUGGUGCCAACCCCAACCGCAAAUUUACAGAUUAACCACGGAUUUGAAGGGAACAGUUGGUCAACACUGUCCCUAAAGUGGAACGGAGCAUUGUUGCAUAAUUUUAGUAAGGCGACGAGAACACCUACCCAAGUGCCUUAUUAUUUUUUUAAUUAUUGUUUUAACUGAGGUGACUGCUUUGAAUGUAAUUUCAACCGGGUGUGUGAAAUAUACUGUACAGCCAUCUCUCGUUUAUCGCGGUUUAUUGGUUCCAGACCUGACAGCGACAAGUGAAGGAGGAUUAAAUAUUAAUAAAUGGAAUAUUCUCGUAGUUAUGGCAUAGAAAACCUGUUUACGAUCUUCUCAAUGCGUUUUUUUUAUCAUUAUUAGAGUCCUCAAGAAAUGAAAUAACACCCAUGUAGUCACCUUUACAUUUGUAUUACCUGAUAUAGUAGAUAUAAUCAGACAUCCAUCUAUCCCGCUUCUCCUCAUUAGGCUCGUGGUCGUUAUUAGUAGGUCGCCUAUCCCAGCUGACUUCGGGCGACAGGUGAGGUACACCCUGGACUGGUCGCCAGCCAAUCGCAGGGCACAUGUAGACAAACAACCAUUCAAACACAUACAUAGCUAUGGACAAUUUAGAGUCGCCAAUUAACCUAACAUGCAUAUUUUUGGAAUGUGGGAGGAAAGAAAACCCACGCACGAGGGAGAAACUCCACACAGAAAUGCCCCAUAAAUGAGAUUCGAACCCAAGUCUUCCCGAUGUCCUGACUGUGACUGUGGCCAACUUGCUAACUAGACCAUAUAAUCAAACAUAUAUAUAAAUAAGAUAAAGACUCAUACGUCGUCGUUCUAUUUUAUUCUGGACAGCCUACUUCCGCCAUUACAAUACACUCGUAUUACCCAAUGUAGUCGACAUAAUGAGACAUUUAAGGAGUAAAUAAAACUCCUGCUCGAGAAGUGUUACAGUAAAAGUGUUCCCCAGGGGAACUGUAGUGACGAGUUCGUGCCCGUUUCACUGACCAAUUACUGACACCUAGCGGCCAAUGUAGAAUAACAGUAUUACAGUCAUAAAUGGAAUGAUUCUUCUGCCUUGUAUUUCAGUUCAUUUAGGUAGUUCAUUUAGCCAUGUUAUGCUUUAAAAUGCUUAAUUUAGGCCAAGAAUAAGCACAAUUUGCAUAAAUAUGCAUUAUUUUUUUUAAUUAAUAGGCCGUAUUCAACCAAGAAACGUGUAGCGAGUGAUUACUGUACAGUAUGUGCAUGAUGUAUUCAAAAUCCAAAGUAAUAAAUGAGUGGGACACAGAAGACUUGUGUGUUUA